AUGUCCACGUUAAGUGGGCGAGAUAUCGGUAGAAUCUUCACGUUGAGGAGGCGAGUCAGCACGAAAUUUGGCAACCUGUUUGCGUUCUCCGGGCCUGCGCCGGAGAUCAUCAAUGGAAGGGCGGCCAUGUUGGGGUUCGUGUCGGCCAUUGCAGUUGAGGUGGCGAGCGGAAGAGAUUUGUUGUCGCAGGUGAAUAGUGGAGGACUGUCGUGGUUUGCGUUAACUGCAGGAUUAAUGACGGUGGGGACACUGGUGCCCUUGUUCAAUGGAAUAUCGAGGGAGAGCACGUCGCAACCAAUAUUUUCAUCCACAGCAGAAAUGUGGAAUGGGCGCUUUGCUAUGCUAGGCCUCCUCGCAUUGGCCUUCACUGAAUACGUCAAGGGUGGACCGCUUGUAUAA